AAAACGGCCUUUAGGAUACCUUAUAGUUACUAUAAAUACCUCGUCAUGCUAUUCGGACUUACGAAUGUACUAAUAACGUUCUAUCACAAGCCAACCAUAUACCGCGACCCGGUAGGGCACAGGAGGCUAAAUGAGCCACCAAUCAAGAAGGGCACGAAGCGAGGCUAA